CGCCCGCCGAGGCGAGAGGGGACCGGCGCGGCGCCUUUGUCUGAACGGAGCGGCUCGCUCGGCUGCCCCGCGCGGGGCUCGGCCGCGGCGUUGCGCGGUGUUGUGGCGCGGGCGCGGCUGAGGCGGCGCCGGGAGCCUCCACCCCCGGCCCACCCUGCCCGCGGCUCAUCAUGUGACGCGGGAUUGAAGUGGAUCUAGGGACGAAUGGAUGACUGAAUAUUCAUAUGAAGAGGAAAGCCAUAAAAGACGUCAGCGCUUUUGAAAACAGAAUGUUAAUGCUGGAUGGGAUGCCGGCAGUCAGAGUUAAAACAGAGCUGCUGGAAUCUGAGCAAGGGUCUCCAAACGUCCACAACUACCCAGAUAUGGAAGCUGUGCCCUUGUUACUAAACAACAUGAAGGCAGAUCCCCCGGAGGAUUCAUUAUCUGCAGAUCAUUUCCAAACACAGACUGAACCAGUGGACUUAUCAAUAAACAAAGCCAGGUCAUCCCCUACAGCAGCUUCAUCUUCACCAGUUUCCAUGACAGCAUCAGCCUCCUCCCCUUCUUCUACUUCUACUUCUUCUUCUUCGAGUCGACCAGCUUCAUCACCCACAGUAAUAACGUCGGUAUCCUCAGCAGCAUCUGUACCAUCAGUAUUAAGUCCAGGUCCUCUCGUGGCCUCUGCAUCUGGUGUGGGAGGUCAGCAAUUUUUGCACAUUAUCCAUCCAGUUCCACCUUCAAGCCCCAUGAACUUGCAGUCCAAUAAAAUGAGUCACGUGCACCGUAUACCCGUUGUGGUACAGUCGGUACCUGUUGUCUAUACAGCCGUGAGAUCACCUGGGAAUAUGAACAACACUAUAGUAGUGCCACUGUUGGAGGAUGGGAGAAGCCACGUCAAAGCACAAAUGGACCCCCGAGGCCUAUCUCCCAGACAAAUUAAAAGUGACAGUGAUGAUGACGACCUGCCAAAUGUGACCUUAGAUAGCGUUAAUGAAACUGGAUCUACAGCGCUCUCCAUAGCCAGAGCAGUACAAGAAGAGAGCAUGUGGGGCUGUGCCAGGUCAGCUGCUAACCCUUUUCGUUUUUUCAACUCCAGUUCAAUUUCGCCAUUCAGUAUUGAGAGCACAAGGCGUCAGAGAAGGUCUGAGUCUCCAGACUCCAGGAAGCGGCGCAUCCAUCGGUGUGACUUCGAGGGAUGCAACAAAGUAUACACAAAAAGCUCCCACCUGAAAGCUCACCGGAGGACGCACACAGGAGAAAAACCCUACAAAUGUACCUGGGAAGGCUGCACCUGGAAGUUUGCUCGCUCCGACGAACUGACGAGGCAUUACCGCAAGCACACAGGAGUGAAGCCAUUCAAGUGUGCAGACUGUGACCGCAGCUUUUCCCGCUCAGAUCACUUGGCGCUCCACCGCCGCAGGCACAUGCUGGUUUGAAAAACGCUACCUAUUCCAGCCGAGCUUAAGAGCUGGGUCUCUUAACUACCCGGAGUGAAUUCAGCAGGGCUGAAUCCCCUUCUACAGUGUUAGCAGGCAGGGCUGUCUCUGCUGUCUGUAAGAAAAAAUAAUAACAAAAAACAAAUAGCAGGAAAAGAAGUGCCACUCUUCUCCUCGCCAUCUGAAGCUAACCCCAUCUGCCCCUCAGCAUGGUUACCCCAAAGGUGUCAUCACAGUCGCCAGGGAAAUAGCAGUCAAAAUGCUACAGGAAUGGGCAUUAUUUUACAUGCUGCAUCCUUUGAGAAAAAAGUGUUUAUAGCUUGUAUGUUUUUUCAGCUGUUGGACAUUUUGUUCCUGAAAAAUCGCUGCUGAUUGGAGGAUUAGAUGCCACAAACCGAUGAUGAUGAUGAUGAGAGCAAGAACGGUAGACCUUUGUUAUCCCUUCUUUUCCCCUUGUUUUGAAUACUACCUGGCCAGUGUCAGCAUCAGCCUGAGCAGUACUACAUAGGAGCUGAUGAGCUGCAUAGGAGUAGGCGAGAAGAUCCUGCUGGAGAGGUUCCACCAUCAGAGCUGAAGGGUUGCUGGAGCUGACUUUCGCAAUAACAAUGGUGGCAUUUUAAUGUUGUAUCACAAGUUGUCAUUAUGCCCUAGAAGACACCAGCCAUUUAACCCUUUUCUUUUAUCCUUUCCUUUCCUUUCUUUUCUUUUGUUGUUGUUGAAGUCUGUAAAACAAAAAAGGGGCAGCAGCAUUUCUGUUACAAGUACAGUGUCAAGUAUCUGUAUUUUACCGUUGACUUAUUUAGAACCAUUUUCUGAUUAAUAUAGAAAAAAACAAUCUAAAAACUACUACCCCAUUCUCAAAGUGCAGUUUUCUUUCAUGCAGGUAUCCUCUUCCCCAUGACAGUGUUUGAAUAUGAGGAAACAGUCAGAUCUUAUACUUUCUAGUACCAAGGUUAGUGGUGUAGCCAUCCAUGAAAUGGAAUUGAAUGUACCAACAGUGCAAAAUAGAGAAGAAACAGCUGCGUCUCUUUGCAGAGAAAAAGCAAUAAUGAGUAAAAUGGCUCUCAAGACAAUAAUUUACUCCACAUCAACAGAAGGGAGGUAUGCAGAAAUUGCACGUAAGAUAAUUUAAGUUAAUCUUCCUGAUGGUUUCACUGACCUGUUAGUUACCACAAUUAAGUACUUUCAUUUCCUUAAACAUAAUGCUUACUUGUGUCAGGAAAGCAAAACAUAUAAAGGAAAGAGCUGAGUGUUGAGGAGUCAGUGGAUGAACUGUAAGUAGGAAGAAGAAACAGUUGUACAGUGGUGCUCUGCAAGACAUUAGGUUUCUCCCUGGGAGUUAGAGAAUAACAAGACAUUGCCAGCUGUCUAUUAUGAUACAAAUGCUCCUUUAUAUGGGUAUCAGUGGCUGCCUCUGCUGGGAUUUUCAAUCCAAGCCUUUUCAGAUUAAAUAAAAGGAAAUUCUUGAUCAUUCCCAUACAGCUCUGUAAUUGUGAAUCAAUUUGUAUUAAUUAAAUUAUGUAGGGGAGAGAGAGAAACUCCUAGUCAUCAGUUGUUCGUGAAAACAGAAUAGUGUUUUUCUGUUUUCCUUCUUCACAAGGAUCUGCCUAUUCAGCUAAAUGAGACAAAGAGAAGGCUUGGCAAGAUUUUUUAAGUGUUGAGAUUUUUAUAGCUUAGAGAUAAAAGAUGUAUACAUAAAGGUCUUUUGCAGCAAUGCAUUUAAUUACAAAUAUUUGUUUCCAGAAAUUGCACAGAUUAAACUUGUGGUGCCACUUGUUCAUUUUUGAAGGUUAGAUCAGUCUGAAUUCAGUUCUGAUUCCCGAAAUACUAGCUAUGUUGGGAACAGGUUCUGAAGUCAAGAUAAUCUUUAAGAAGAAGCAGAACAGAGAACCCUUGCACACACUGAUAGUAAUUGCAGUUAAUUGAGGAUUAAUAAGACUGGGAUAAUACAUCAUAACAGCACUUAGGCGCUCCAGAGUUUGAUUAUCUUUAAAUACAUUGUUCAUGUUCCCCGAUACCGGAUAAUCUGUCAGUCCCCCAAAAGAAGAACUUCAGUUACUAUUCAGUAUCCCCUCUGGUGAGUGGUCAGUAUAGAAACUGCAGACAAAUUAUUAGCAGCCGUAGGUUCAUGCCCCCUCCUAGAGAUUUUCAAGGCAAGGCUACAUAAGGCCCUGGACAACCUGAUAUCACUGUGGUGU